GGCGGGCGGCAGCGGGACGCGAGGCGCGCGCAGGCAGCCGGCGAGCCGGGAGGGCGCCGCCGCCUGCCGCGCCGGGCAGCAUGGAGGCGGCGGAUGAGGAGAAGGCGGGCAACGGCCGCGCCGAGGGGCCGGCGGCGGCGGAGCAGCGGGGCGGCGGGGGUCGGCUGCGGGGCUGCUGGGGCUUCCUGCGGCGCAACGCGCUGGUGGUGCUGACGGUGUCGGGGGUGGUGGCCGGCGUGGCGCUGGGCGCCGCCGUGCGCGGUGCGGUGCUGAGCCCGGCGCAGGUGGCCUACCUGGCCUUCCCGGGGGAGCUGCUGCUGCGGAUGCUGCGGAUGGUGAUCCUGCCGCUGGUGGUCUGCAGCCUGGUGUCGGGAGCCGCCAGCCUGGACACCCGCUCGCUCGGCCGCCUGGGAGGCAUCGCCCUCGGCUAUUUCCUAGGCACCACGCUGCUGGCCUCCGGCCUCGCCGUCGCCCUCGGCUUCAUCGUCCGCCCCGGCGCCGGCGCCUCCGCCCUCAACGCUCCCGGCCUGGGGCUACCGGGCGGCGUGCCCACCAGCAAGGAGACGGUGGACUCCUUCCUCGACCUCGUCAGAAACCUGUUUCCUGCAAAUCUUGUUGCUGCAGCUUUCCGAACGUAUGCGACAGAAUACAAGAUGCUGCUCAGAAACACUACCUCUGGAAAUGUCACGUGGGAGAAGAUCCCUGUUGGUACUGAGAUUGAAGGGAUGAAUAUCCUGGGACUGGUGCUGUUCGCUCUGGUUUUAGGAGUGGCGUUGAAAAAGCUCGGUCAGGAAGGGGAAGAUCUGAUUCGCUUCUUUAAUUCAUUCAAUGAGGCAACUAUGGUCUUGGUUUCCUGGAUUAUGUGGUAUGUACCUAUUGGCAUUAUGUUCCUUGUUGGGAGCAAGAUUGUGGAAAUGGAAGAUAUUGUCCUUCUGGUGACCAGUCUGGGAAAAUACAUCUUUGCCUCUAUCCUGGGCCACUUCAUCCAUGGAGGAAUCAUUCUGCCACUUAUUUAUUUUGCAUCCACACGCCAAAAUCCAUAUCGUUUUCUCUUAGGACUUAUCACACCACUUGCCACUGCUUUUGCCACUUGCUCCAGCUCAGCCACUCUCCCGUCAAUGAUCAAGUGUAUUGAGGAGAACAAUGGAGUCGACAAGAGGAUCAGCAGGUUUAUCCUUCCUAUCGGGGCGACUGUAAACAUGGAUGGAGCUGCUAUUUUUCAGUGCAUGGCAGCUGUGUUUAUCGCUCAACUGAACAAUGUUGACCUCAACCCUGGGCAAAUCUUCACAAUUCUUGUGACAGCUACCGCAUCCAGUGUGGGUGCAGCUGGGGUCCCAGCCGGAGGAGUCCUCACCAUCGCUAUCAUCUUGGAGGCCAUUGGACUUCCAACCAACGAUCUGUCCUUGAUAUUAGCGGUGGACUGGAUUGUGGACCGAACCACCACAGUUGUGAAUGUGGAAGGGGAUGCCCUAGGAGCGGGCAUCCUUAAUUACCUGAAUGAAAAAGAAAAGAAAGACAAAGAGCAGGAGCUGAAGGAAGUCAAAGUAGAAGCAGUUGCUAACAGCAAGUCUGAAGGGGAAACAUCACCUUUGGUAACCCACAAAAACCAGGUUUCCAACACAACCAGUACAGCAGAUCCUGAAUCCAAGGAAUCAGUACUGUGAACUAGAGUCCAUUCAUCAACACACGUCCUAGAGGUGGACCGGGGACUUGUUAACGCACCUAGACGUUUGCAGUGCUAACAAGGGCUGGAUGGCUCUUGAAAGUUUUCCGUUCCAGUCUGUUUUGAAAUACGCUGGCCUGGGGCAGGGGAGGGAGGUGGAGUGGGCAGAGAAGGGGUGUUGAGAAAGAACACUCGCUUUAUAGUAGCAUUUUAAUAAUUCAUAUAUAUACAUGCUUAUGUGUUGCACGUGCACACACAUAUACAUGUAUGUGAAAACAAUGCCAUUGAGACUUCUGGUUUAACAGGACUUCUGUUAGUAAAGGUUCAUAUGGGUUGGAGAUGAGGAAGUAGACAAACCCAGUAUGUGCGUAUUGUAGGGAAAAAUUAGUAAGCUUGUUGUGCUGCCGUUCAAAUGGACAUGCAGUCUAGAAACUCCAGAGUGGGUGAAAAUGUUGCUUAAAUUUAGUUUCUGUCCUGGAAACGCUUACCGACAAUUACAGACACAAUAUGAAGCAACAUUUUUCUCCCACUCCCCUUCCUCUCCUGUUCUCUGAUCCCUUACAAAUGUUAAAUAUAUCCUGAAAACUAGCUUUUUCUUUUUUUUUUUUAUUUUUUGUUUCAUAUCUGAAUUAAUAGAUUUUAGGGGUCCACCCCUUGUUCCAUUCCCCCACUACACUGCAGCUCAUAGCAGCUUUCCUACCUUUUGGUGAGUAACUCCCAAACUUUGGGACCAAACAUAGAAGAUCUUUGUGCAGAUCAAGGACUGGUUUUCUUCUUUCCUCUAACCAAGCUGUUAAGGAAAAAUCCAGAGGAAACACAAAUUUUGUUAAAGUAAUCCCUUUGGGGCUGAAAAAAAUGUAGAGUCUGUUCCAGCAUAAAUACAUCUGAAAGAGGCUUGCCUGUGACAACAUCAAGAAAUCAAGAAGUCAGUUCCCUUCAUGAAAACACGCAUGCUCCUUUGCUAGCACGCCAUGUCCUGCUCAUGUUUAUUUAAUGGGUCAGUCCAAACAAGUUAAGUCAUAUCUCUCUUCCAGCAAAAUUGAACAGGGGAGGAAAAAAUCUGAACACACAUCAUGUGGGAACUGACGGCAGGCAAGUCUGAGUGUUGGUUUGAAAGGGGAAGAGAAGAGUUGAGUUUAUAACCCUGUGUAGUUCAGUGAUCUCUGUGUGUUGGGACAGCUGCAUACCUGUUCCUGCUAGGAGUUUGGUCCUACUAUAAACGUCCUUCUGGCAGCAGCUUACAUUUAGUAAUUCUGGGUGGUGCUGGGCCUGGGUAAUGCUUACUGGCAGAUGGUAACCUUUGCUUGAGGCUGAGCCAAAUGCUUCUGGAUUCUGACUCUACCUUUCUUCCUUUACAACAUACUUCCUGAAUUUGCACCCCAAACCUGAACAAAGUCCGGCAAACUCAUUGCAAAGAUCCUGUUGACUUAUCUUGGCUUUUUGGACAGCAAAUAAUUACAAAAUUAUGGCUGUGCAUAUGCCAAGAUUUGCCUGGACUUGUGACGUUUUCCCUUGGCUACUUUAGCAAGAUGAUUGCAUAUGGUCAGUCUCCACACUUUUAAUUCAGCAAUAUAUAUUUACACUUAGCUUUGAUAUAAAGUAAUGCUAAGUCUCCCUUUUUCUUUCUCCUCUCUUGCUUCAGAGGAAGCUAUCUUGGAAAGAUAUCCAGUUGCUGAUGUGUAUGUUCACGGCACUAGGAAGAGGCAGCUCCAAUUUCAUAGCAGCAGCAGCCUUCAUUUGCAAAGCAUCCUUCCUGGUGAAGGGACACAAUGAGUUUUGCAAAAAGCGCUCAGAAUGAGAUGUGGCUACCUCUGAGGGAAAACACAGUGAGUGCGUCAUUACUGGCUGUUUAACCGUGUGCAGCAGAGCUAUGCAAACAAUCAAAGUAGGAAAGCAUUAGUCAGCCCACUGAGAAACUGCAGGUGGAGUUUCUUUUUAACCAGUUUAUUUAUAACCAUGUCCACAAAAUUUGGUCAUUCCUUGGCUUGUCUUCAAAAUGGAAGGAGACAAACACAAUUCUCUAGGGACAUCCUUUGCCCUGUAUUUAUUACUUCAUUUUUAGCAGAUCAAGACCCACUGAAACUUUGCGUUUCCUCCCAUUAGAAUCAUCCCAACUCCUUUCAACUCAGGAAGCCAAAAGCGCACUUUGUAGCUGACAAUGAAAGUCAACAAAUAAGAGGUGUUUUGAAAAAUGUUAGAGGUUUGAAAAAAUGGUUCUCAACAAAACCUUUUUUCUUUUUUUAAACAAGUGUAAGUAUUUCUUUGGAAAAUCUGAAUGCACCAGAACCCCAAAUACUUUGAUUUUGAAGCAGUUAUAUGGAUGUCUCAAGGAAGCUGAAAAUCAUGACUGUUCCCUGUGGGCUGGGUUCUGUAGUUGCAUUUUAUCCUCCAUCAGACAUUUGGCCCCCCUGGUGCUCUUCUUCACCAUGACACAUGCAGCUGGGAUCAGGACAUGAGAGCAGGCAGCAUUCAAAUGACAAUUCCCAUGAACCAUCACAGCAACCACAGGUAAAAGUUCUCACCUGGGCAAGUCCAAAGGCUGGGCUUCCUUGCAGGCAGCACCUUGCCAUUGUAUUGAUCUUUCUUCCCUGUGGUGCUGCAGCUUGAAUGCACCCUGUCCUUGUAGCAGUGUGCCAUAGGCUGUGGCACAUUCUUUCUGACAGUAGAUCCCAGGAAAUCAUAGAAUCAUAGAAUGGUUUGGGUUGGAAGGCACCUUAAAGAUCAUCUAGUUCUAACCCCCCUGCCAUGGGCAGGGACACCUUCCACUAGAUCAGGUUGCUCAAAGCCCCAUCCAACCUGGCCUUGAACACUUCCAGGGAUGGGGCAUCCACAACCUCUCUGGGCAACCUGUUCCAGUGCCUCACCACCCUCACAGUAAAGAAUUCCUUCCUAAUACCUAAUCUAAAUCUACCCUCUUUCAGUUUAAAACUGUUACCACUUGACCUAUCACUACACUCCCUGUUAAAGCAUUGCCCCAAACUUUCCUGUAGGCCCCCUUUAAGUGCUGGAAGGCUGCUAUAAAGUCUCCCCAGAGCCUUCUCUUCUCCAGGCUGAACAGCCCCAACUCUCUCAGCCUGUCUUCAUAGGAGAGGUGCUCCAGCCCCCUGAUCAUCUUCAUGGCCCCCCUCUGGACCCGCUGGAGCAGGUCCAUGUCUUUCUUAUGUUGGGGGCCCCAGAGCUGAAUGCAGUACCCUAGGUGGGGUCUCAUGAGAGUGGAGUAGAGGGGCAGAAACACCUCCCUCGACGCUGGUCACACUUCUUUUGAUGCAGCCCAGAAUGCGACUGGCUUUCUGGGCUGCGAGUGCCCAUUGCUGGCUCAUGUUCAGUUUUUCAUCCACUAAUUCCCCCAAGUCCUUCUCCUCAGGCCUGCUCUCAAUCCACUCAUCGCCCAGCCUGUAUUUGUGCUUGGGAUUGCCCUGACCUACGUGCAGGACCUUGCACUUGGCCUUGUUGAACUUCAUGAAGUUCAGCCCACCUCUCAAGCCUGUCAAGGUCCCUGUGGAUGGCAUCCCUUCCCUCCAGGAAAUGGUAAAUUAAAGCCAAUACCUCAGAGUCUUCUUACUAUUUUCCAAUAGCAAUGCGGAAGCUCAGAGUCUUUGCUAAAGAACUCCUCUCCCAGUCCCCACUAGUGGAUUGCCACAUUUUGCAUCAAUGUGAAUGUCUAGUCCCAUAUAAAGCUUGUUAGAGCAGUCAAAUUUAAGGUGGUCAAAUCAUUCUCGUAGCAGGAAUUUAACCAAGGAAAUCUAACACUCCCUCUCCUGGAAACAGGUGCCAUAGGGUUUAUAUGAACCAUGAGUAUUCGGGUCUUAACCUGCCAGAAAUCUGUAAUCUUACAGAAGCCCUACUUUAGACUUACAAAGGUGCCAGUUCUUUUGUUGUUCAUGCACAGCAAGAGGGAUCCCAGAGUUUUCCAUAGAAGCAGGAAUGCUGGGUAACUACUGCUUGUCAGAACAUCUUCUUCAUCUUUUCUCUAUCAUCUGUGUCAGAAAUGACAUUUCUUGUUUUUCCGUGAUGUUCCCAUUCCUCACGAUGGCCAUGCCGCAUCUUCUAGGGCUUUCCACCUGGAUUCAGAUUUUUUUUCUUAAGGUACAAAUGUAAAAGAUCCAAUAUUACGCUCUCUCAGACUGUAAAAAAUUUGGCACAUUCCAACAACUGCCCUUUUAACAACGUGAAUCCUGAUCGAAAGCACGAUGAGAUAGAAGACUUGCCAUUUGCUUCAAGUGGUCAAGGUCUUCAGGUAAGGCUACUGGGAGAAAAAUGAAAGGGCUGUUGGAGGAUGUGCAUUUUAGAUGCUGUCCUUGACCUUCAGUGCAAUGUGUUACACUGGGAGCUUCCUAUUUCAAGUCCCUGUGCAGCCUCACUCCAAGAGGCUGUGAGCUGAGAAGGUGCUCAGCAGCAGUGCAGGUGCAGCUGGUAGUACCUGCUCUGCUCUCACCCAGGCACUCCAUGAAUCUGCUGCUGGUGUAGUACUUAACUCCAGUGUUUCUUGAGUGGACAUAUGUUUAUGUUCUCCCAACAUGACUGUAAACUGGAAACCUUUAGUCAGUUGCUUUUUCUCUCAAGAGGAAAUAAAUUCUAUCUAGAAAACACUGUUUUUCUUUUUGGUUUUAGUCUUUUUUUGAAGGUACAAAUUCUCUUCUUAAGAAACCAGGCUACAAAUAGCUCACGUCCUACCUUCUAGUACCGCGAUUGCUUUUUGGGAGAAAGAUAUGGGAAUAUGGAAGAGAAGAGUCUGCAAGCCUUUGGCAUAUGCAACCGUGUUUUGUCUCUGAUGCCAUUUAUUCUUCCACUUUUACCUUCUCUUUUUUCAGUGAAGUUUCUUUGACUGUUUUGGACCAUGUUCUAUUUCUUCUUCUCCAGGAUUGGCUUUCCACUCCAUGCUUUAUCCGUCACUGCCUGAUCUCACCCCAUUUCCUGGAAUGCCCUGUGCUGUUUUUAUGUAUCAGUGGCUCAGGUAUAAAUGGGAGAGUGGACAAAGUUUUGAGGGCUCCAGCUGGUCCCUGGGAAAGUAGUUUGCAUUCUGCCUUGCUCAUGUCCUUAACUCACCAGAGGUUUGUGAGACAGUAAUUUAAAGAGUUGCUCUGAGUGUGCGGAGCAUUAUCUGUCUGUCAUCCUGAGAAAGGUGCUUAUUCCAUGCUGUGAGAUGUGGCUAUGGAUGCCUGAAAAGCUGUAGUGAGCGAUGAAGGAUGCUAGCACUUGGCUGCUAUUAGGAUAUUUUCAGUAAAGACCCAUUAUUCCCAGUAACUGAGCUUUAUCUCGGCUGGUGUGUUGGUAAUUGCACUACAAGAUUCAGUAAUUGCAAAGGACUUUAAACCCUUCUGGGGAUGUCUCUUGCAGUCAGGGUGUUUUUUGUGUUGAGAACAGACUAGGGCCAAACCCAGGUCUUCCCCUGCAGGGAUGUUACAAACAGGACCAUGUGCUUCGGAUAUAACAGAAAUGUGGAGUCAACCAAAGUACCAAAUGAGUUGGUGAAACAACUUCUGCUUUGUCUUUUCUGGGCAGCCCUGUUACUGCGUGUAGAGGCAAUGCCCUGAGCUGGAGGUGGUGAGAGGUUGAGGGGACAGUAUGAGGGCAGUAUGUGCUUGCUCUGUUCCUAUACUCUUCCCUGGGCAUUUGCUGUGGCCAGUGCCAGAGAUGCACAUGACAUAGUGUCACCAUUCUUAGACUUAUUCUCCUGUGCUUCCUCCGUAUUUUACAGCAGGAAUAAUAAAAACUGAGGCAUUUAGGCAGUUCCUCUUUCAGUCAAGUCAAGUGGCAGCUCAUAAUCACUCACUGUGAUGGACUCACAGACCUGCCUGUAAUGACUGAUGAACAGCACCAAAUUAGGCAGGUCACAUAAAUCCUCUGCCUGUGCUUUCUUUUCUGUAAAUUAAGUUUACAGAUACUUACCAGUCUCUCACAGGCAAUAGUGUGGAGGAUAGUAAGUCACAGUGUUUGGAAAGCACUCUUAAGACAUAGAGCAUUAAAUCUUAAGUAAUAAUGAACUUUUCAAAAAUCUGAAAGGAAUCAAAUAGUUAAAGUGUGCAUCAUGAAGUCAGAGUUGCAUUGUUCUAGAGUAUGAAUGACUGUGUGAUGGAAAGGAGAUCCAGCAUAUGCAUUUGCUGGACUAACUCAGGGGAAGCGGGGGAGCUAGUGCCAGUGUGAGUUGCAUUUCAAAAAGUGGAUGUGAUUUAGUCAAGGGAGACACAGUGCACUGUUACAUCUGCCUUCUUCCGUGUCCACCUGGCAUGCCAUGAAAGCUUAGGUUCAGGUAAAUGAACAGACUUCACCAUGGAUUCAACGUCUAAACUAGGAGUCUUGACAGGUUAGUUUCUGUCUCAUUGCAAUGGAAGAAGGAGCUUUUCAGCUAAAAGAACAAGUUGUCUUGUUGGCAGUAUGGGUGAAAAAGGUGGAGAAAAAGAAGGAAGAGCCAGAGGGUUGCAGGGGGAGCAUCACAGAAGACAGGGUAAGCAAGUGGAUAAAGAAGCUAAGACCUGAAGGAAGUAUCUUUUCCUUGGUGUUUUGAUACAGAUAGCAUCAAAAGACUGCAGGCAUUUGUCCAGCAUGUGGCAGAGACUGAUGCAAAUCCCUGCCCGCUGACUGGCCAGGAUUUGCAGGGAGAGGCAGACGCCAAGUGCUGAUGUUUCUGAAGCCCGUCGUCACUGAGCAACAAUGAAGCAUGCAGUGUGCCAGCAUGGAGCUCUGAUAAGCUGCUUCUGGCUGCUAACCAUGACCACAGAGAAAUAACAGUACAGUUCUGGAUCAGGGAUUGACCCACAUUCCUCCUUGCAGGAUAGCUAGGACAAACGCUCCUCAGAUAAAUGCAUGGUAGCCAUUAUUCUCUGAGGACAAAGAAGACCUUGUUAUCUAUGCGAGCAUAUUGAUGAAAGCCAUGUUCAUUUGCUGCUUCAGUUUCAGGGAGGAGGGAAAAGGGUAUGACAAAUGAUCUGAAACUUUUUCCAGACAUUGGGCAACACGUUGAGACAGUUGCCACUGAAUAUUUUAAGUCUGACAAGAAGUGAUCAAGAGCCUUAUUUGGCUUCUGUAGCUCUCUGUCUUGACAUCUAAGCACCGGCUUGGGGAGUUAAUGUUAACACAGUAUUCAUUCUCCGCAUGGGGUCUUUACAGACAUUUGUGACCAGCAGGCACCAUUUCACAGCUGCAGAAGUGAAUGCAUGCAGAAAAAGGUGAAAGAAUGCUUUCUCGAGUCACGCAACGAGUUGCCAAGCAGGCUAGGAGCAGAUCUCGAAUCCUGAAGCCGAGUUCAUUGUUAGCUAACAACUAUCACUUCACUAAAAAAAUUAUCAUCUGGGGGUUUAUAAAUAUAUUUGAGUAUUGAUACCAUAGUAGUAAUAGUAUGUUACUGCAGGAUGAUCACUUCUCUUUUUGGAGGAAUGGAAGGGGAAAAGUGUAGAUGUAGGAAAGUUAUCUUCCCUCUAGGAUGGAUUUUUUUAAUAGAAAAGGAAAAAGGAAAUCUCUUUCAUUCAAGAGUUCAUGGUAUGGUUACUUACUAAAUUCUAUCUGAGUGUCAGCAGAUAUAUCCUCAAGAGCUAUGAAAUCUCAUUUGGAUUUAACCAUUCAUCUCACUGCCAGCAGGAGGUGAGGACUGUGGACAUUCCAGCAGGCCAACUGCUCUUACUUGAAGUCCUGCUCAAGAAACAUUUAUACUUGUCUUUCUCAAGGCCACAGAUGCUGUUUGCAAGGCAAGCAGGCCUACCGACAGGGACCAGUGUGAGGAAAUAAAUUUUGAGUCAACCCUGUUGUAAUGUGAAGUUAAUGGUGUGGUUUUAAGCCACAGAGACCAAGAAAUUUGGUAUUUAGAUGUUCCUUAGGAUAGCUUUCGUUUGCUCCUUCUGGUAACAACACUGAGAAAGUAAUACCCUUGCUUUGCAAGCAUGUAGUUAAGUAACCGGAGCUAAACUGCAUAUGGCAUGUCAGUGCAACUUAAGUUAAUUGCAGUUACAUGUUGCAGAAAGAAAUUACCAGGGGAAAUCUUCUCUGAAGGAAACUGUUUACACAUGCCUGAAUCCCCCUGGAUUACAUUCCCACAGAAAGAAUUGUACUUAACUAUUAAAAAUACUCCAGAUAUUAACUGGUUUGGAUUGUAGCUUUUUUAAGAACCAGAAAGAAUGCCACAAAAUGGACAGGCUAGGGCCUUCAGUGGUGUGUAUUAAUGUAAUUUCCUGAGCUUUCAGUGGCCUGUGGACUUCUAAUGGAGAUGAUACCUCCUUAGCAGCAUAGGGGUUUGGUCUGGUCCUCUUAAGACGAUCAUGUUCAUUAAAGCAGCAGUAACGGAAGAUUUUUAAAAAUUGUUGGCUAUAACUAGAGGCAUUUUACGUGCUCACAGUAUUCUUAUGACAUGGUGCCUCCCACAAGAAAAAUGUGUUUUCUAGAUGGUCAGUGUUGAUGGAGAAGCUUCCUAAUUUUUUGAUCGGUUUUCCUUCUCUGUAUCUCUCUUGCAGAGUAUGCUGUGGUCCUUGGAGUCUCCCCAGACCCCAUCAGGACCAGGCUCCUACGGUACAUAGAUUAAACUUAAAGAUAUUCUAGUCCCAUGUGAGGACACAGACUGUCUUACAUUCUGUUAUGAGGGGAUGAAGAUGUAGCUUCAACUUUGGAGGAGGGGCUGGGCUGAAGAAAACCCUUCUUCAUUAAGGCAAUACCUUAACGACAUUUUACACUUAAGUCAAAUAAUUGUGACCAAGCUAGCCCAGCCCUGGCUGCCUCCCUGCUCUGCCCCACAAUAGAUGCUCUGUUGACAUCACUUCCCUGUAAUGUCUAGUGUGGAGGUAAUGUGUUUGCCAUCCCUGAAUAUUCCAAUCUUUUAAAAAUAUAGUCUUAUUUAGACUUUUUCUGUUACUACCCUGGCUACACUUUUGUAAGGUCAUCCACAAAGCACAUGCUGUAUGGGAUGGAGACCAUGCACAGCACUACUAAUAGCUGAGCAUACCUCUGCUAAUGGGAGAUGAGCCUUUUUUCCUGAAUUGCUUCUUGGUUAUAGCAAACUGAGACUGACUCACUCACGCUUUAUGAGGGUGAAGAUACUGAUUAGAUUUUGAUUAAUCCCUUUAGAUUCAGGGACAGCAGGACCACCCCUAAGACACAAGGUGUCUCCUUCUGUAGCAGAGGUAUGCAAUCUGCCUUAUUAUCCUUAAAGGUGCCUUGUCCUGCUUCCCUUCAGGACAAAUUCCAAGUUGCUGUUUGGCUUUUGAAUAUAACUAUGCACCAAAGGUGAGAGACUCCAUUAUCCCUGGAGACAGGAGGGAGAACAUGAUCUCCUGGUGUGGGACAAGGAAAGUGAGUUUCUUUUCUUUAUCCUGUAAGGUCUCUGUCAGCAAUCCUGCCUCUGAUGUGUGUAUGCGCAUGUGUGCUUUUACUUCUACAUGAGCACAAAUUGCUCUAAUUAGGAGGGAGGAUUCUUGUAUUUUUAUAUGCUAAGCCAUUUGAUUAAUUACUUUAAUAAAAUGACAGACAGAUGAACUCUGAAAUUCACUGCCAUCUGCUCCAGUACAAUCCAGUAUCACCGAUACAAAGGUAUCUGCCUUCAGAUAAAACCUAGUGCUUAGAGUAACCACUCUGUUAAGUAAGUACUUGUGCCAUGUGGUUGUGUUGAUCCUCGUGAACAUCUGUAACUGUUCCUCUUUUAAAGCUAUGGGUUUGAUCCAUGUGACUCUGUAUCAGCCUUUUUGUUAUCUACUAAGAACAGAUGUACAUGCACAUAUGCAAAAAAAGACCAUAUUGCUGUGUCUGGGGGUGUGUGACCCUGGGGUAGCUAUUACAGGUGUUUGUUGUGUUGUGUACCCUUCGGCGUAAAAACUCUCCCUGCCUGCCUGGGGAGAAAACAGUCCUGUGGCUCAGGUUGAGAUAGUUUGUUGUAUUAGGAGGGUGACACAAUAGGAUGCUCUCUCUCUUUUUCCCUUCUCUCAUGGAAAUGUAUAUUUGUUCUCUCUUUGUGUAGCUUCUCAAUCUGAAAUAAAAAUCACCCCAAAUAGAA